AUGGAGAAGCAAGGUGUCCCCAUGCAGCAGUACCCUCAAUCGCCCGACGUAACAGGCGCAACCCACCCACCCCUCUACCACCAAGAUCCCGCCGCUGCGCAAUACCAGCAACAGUACCCUCAGCACCCGCAGCAGCCCCAAUCGCCGCCUCCCCAACAUGUGCAGCCCGGCCAGCCCCAGGGCCCACACGAGCAUCAGCAGAAGGCGUACCCGCACCCACAGCAGCCCGGCAUGCCGCCCCAGCAGCAGUCAGGGACUGUGUACCAAAACGCCACGCCGAUUGCGAGUCUGGGGCGCGGGCCCGCGCCCGCGGAUUGUCCGGCGUGUGGGCAGAGGAGUAUGACGAAUAUUGCGUUUGAGACGGGGAACACGACACAUGCCUGGGCUUUCGGCCUCUGCUGCUUGUGUUGUCUGGGGUGCAUCCCGUAUGUCAUGAACAGCCUCAAGGAUGUCACGCACAAGUGUGGGCGCUGCGGUGUCUUGCUUGCGACGUGGCAUAGGAGUGGGACUACCGAAGUCCACAUCCACUCCUAG